GGACAACUAUCUGGCGCCUAGUCGAGAUUCAAUCUAGCUAUGGCGGCCACGGGUGGAGGGAAAAUUAGAAGCAGAAGAUAUCAUAUCGCUUCUAAACCUUACGCCAAAAGCAAACAGGUAAAUGAAAUGACCGUAUUCGUAUGGAUGUUCCACAUUGAAGGAUAGUAUGUAGUUUGUUGACAGUUGUCUUUUCGCUCUUGUGUUAUUGUUUUCCUGGAGCCAUUUAGUGUGGCCUAGUCUUAGCGCUCAUGGCCUCCACGCUGUGUCAAGCUAGCUAACUAGCUAAUUUAGCAACGUGAUAGACAUAUUGCUUGUUCCGGGAACUAGCAAAUAUUACCAGCCCAAUAUCUAUUAACCGGUGUGUAUCUUAAGACAGUUACUGUAAGACUAACGGCAGCCAUAAUUAUCUAAAACGCUGUCGUGUAUAAAUAUUGCACUUUACUAGCUUAGCCGUAACACUGGCUUCUUGUCAAGUUUGCGUACCUGCUGCGUAUCUAUGCACUAGCAAGUAGUUAUAUAGGUUAUGAUGCUAACAACUAGCUAAAUUUACAAGCUAGCAAGUAUUGGCUAGCUUUUCAUUGUUUCGCUGCCAACGUCAUUGUCAUGUAACGUUAGCUAUGGCAUAUCAUACCAGCUCUUUGUAGAUUACAUUAUCUCCCUUUAAUCAUGAAAGUGAACUAUAUAUUUUCUAUGUUUUAAAGACAGUCGUCAGUGGGGUAUAUUGUCGUUUCUUAGCCGGUUAGCUAGCUACUAGUAAAUAGCUAACGUUAUGUGUAGUGCGCACAGUGAUGGUUAGCGAGUUAGGUAGUUAGCUAGUUACUAAUUUAAGAACUGUUUUAAGUCACCACACAUGGUUGACUACUAGCUGAGUAAGUAGAGACUAGUUGCUAGUUAACGUUACGUGGUAACAAUCUAAAAAGCAAAGGCAACACAAAUACAAUACAAACUGUCAACAUUAGGCCAUGAUGGUAGAUAUUCGGUCUGUUUCCAUAUUUCUUGAAAUCAAGGCAAUAUUAUGACCUGGUUUUGUUAAUCUCGAAAGUGGCAUAAAUGUGAGGCAGUGUGGAAACGUAACCAGUCGUAGCCUAGUGAGGUCACACCACAAGAAAGGCGGGAUACAUAUACACUGAGCAGGGAUCCUAGAGCCCUCUACGUUAGUCGUACUGCUAGCUAGUUGUGUGAUAUUUUUGUGUGUGUAGCUAACGUUAGAAAUGAUCAUAUAUGUGAGUAGUAGUUAGCUAACUAACUUGUGCUGCGCUGACCUGGUUAUUUAUCUAACUACCUAGCUAAUAUCUUAGCUAGAUAACGGCAGAGAUCUGCAAACGGUAACGUUACUGUGAUUUAUUGGACUGCACAUCUGAUUUUGUGAUUUUUGCAGGUAAAUUCAAUACAGCUCCCACUUAUGUAAUUGACUUGCAACCAGUCUGUUGGAUGGGAUUGUAGAAUGAAUUGUCAUUGUUGUCCAUGUUGUGUUUAGAACAAGGUCAUUCUAAGUCAUAUCAGUGUCCAGAUUUUCAGGACCAUAAAACACCUUGAUAUUAAAUCCCAGAGUAAGCUUUCAUUAAGUCUUCAAAACAUGUCAGUAAAUAAAUAUAUAUACAGUACCAGUCAAAAGUUUGGACACACCUACUCAUUCAAGGGUUUUUCUUUAUUUAAAAAAAUGUCUACAUUGUAGAAUAAUAGUGAAGACAUCAAAACUAUGAAAUAACACACAUGGAAUCAUGUAGUAACCCAAAAAGUGUUAAACAAAUCAAAAUAUAUUUUAUAUUUGAGAUUCUUGAAAUAGCCACCCUUUGCCUUGAUGACAGCUCUUGGCAUUCUCUCAACCAGCUUCACCUGGAAUGCUUUUCCAACCGUUUUGAAGGAGUUCCCACAUAUGCUUAGCACUUGUUGGCUGCUUUUCAUUCACUCUGCGGUCCGACUCAUCCCAAACCAUCUCAAUUGGGUUGAGGUAGGGGGAUUGUGGAGGCCAGGUCAUCUGAUGCAGCACUCCAUCACUCUCCUUCUUGGUAAAAUAUCCCUUACACAGCCUGGAGGUGUGUUGGGUGAUUGUCCUGUUGAAAAACAAAUGAUAGUCCCACUAAUCCCAAACCAGAUGGGAUGGCGUAUCGCUGCAGAAUGCUGUCGUAGCCAUGCUGGUUAAGUGUGCCUUGAAUUCUAAAUAAAUCACAGACAGUGUCACCAGCAAAGCACCCCCACACCAUAACACCACCUCUUUCAUGCUUUAUGGUGGGAACUACACAUGCGGAGAUCAUCCGUUCACCCACACCGCGUCUCACAAAGACACAGCGGUUGGAACCAAAAAUCUCCAAUUUGGAUUCCAGACCAAAGGACACAUUUCCACCGGUCUAAUGUCCAUUGCUCGUGAUUCUUCUUAUUGGUGUCUUUUAGUAGUGGUUUCUUUGCAGAAAUUCGACCAUGAAGGCCUGAUUCACACAGUCCCCUCUGAACAGUUGAUGUUGAGAUGUGUCUGCGACUUGAACUCUGUAGCAUUUAUUUGGGCUGGUAACUCUAAUGAACUUAUACUCUGGGUCUUCUAUUCCUGUGGUUGUCCUCAUGAAAGCCAGUUUCAUCAUAGAGCUUGAUGUUUUUUGCAAUUGCACUUGAAGAAACGUUCAAAGUUCUUGACAUUUUUCGUAUUAACUGACCUUCAUGUCUUAAAGUAUACCCCCCUACCUUGUCACACAACUGAUUGGCUCAAACGCAUUAAGAAGGAAAUAAAUUCCACAAAUUAACUUUUAAGAAGGCACACCUGUUAAUUGAAAUGCAUUCCAGGUGACUACCUCAUUUAGCUGGUUGAGAGAAUGCCAAGAGUGUGCAAAGCUGUCAUCAAGGCAAAGGGUGGCUAUUUGAAGAAUCUCAAAUAUAAAAUAUAUUUUAAUUUGUUUACACUUUUUUGCUUACUACAUGAUUCCAUAUGUGUUAUGUCUUCACUAUUAUUCUACGAUGUAGAAAAUGGUAAAAAUAAAGAAAAACCCUUGAAUGAGUAGGUGUCCAAACUUUUGACCAAGUCCAUAUUAUGGCAAGAACUGCUCAAAUAAGCAAAGAGAAACAACAGUCCAUCAUGAAGGUCAGAAAAUUAAGAACUUUGAACGUUUCUUCAAGUGCAGUCGCAAAAACCAUCAAGCGCUAUGAUGAAACUGGCUCUCAUGAGGACCGCCACAGCAAUGGAAGACCCAGAGUUACCUCUGCUGCAGAGGAUACGUUCAUUAGAGUUACCAGCCUCAGAAAUUCCAUCCCAAAUAAAUGCUUCGCAGAGUUCAAGUAACAGACACAUCUCAACAUCAACUGUUCAGUGGAGACAGUGUUAAUCAGGCCUUCAUGGUCAAAUUGCUGCAAAGAAACUACUACUAAAGGACACCAAUAAGAAGAGACUUGCUUGGGCCAAGAAACACGAGCAAUGGACAUUAGACUGGUGGAAAUUUGUCCUUUGGUCUGGAGUCCAAAUUGGAGAUUUUCUGUUCCAACCGCUGUGUCUUUGUGAGAUGCGGUGUGGGUGAACGGAUGAUCUCCGCAUGUGUAUUUCCCACAAUAAAGCAUGGAGGAGGAGGUGUUAUGGUGUGGGGGUGCUUUGCUGGUGACACUGUCUGUGAUUUAUUUAGAAUUCAAGGCACACUUAACCAGCAUGGCUACCACAGCAUUCUGCAGCGAUACGCCAUCCCAUCUGGUUUGGGCUUAGUGGGACUAUCAUUUGUUUUUCAACAGGACAAUGACCCAAAAUGCACCUCUAUGCUGUGUAAGGGCUAUUUUACCAAGAAGGAGAGUGAUGGAGUGCUGCAUAGAUGACCUGGCCUCCACAAUCCCCCGACCUCAACCCAAUUGAGAUGGUUUGGGAUGAGUCGGACCGCAGAGUGAAGGAAAAGCGGCCAACAAGUGCUCAGCAUAUGUUGGAACUCCAUCAAGACUGUUGGAAAAAGCAUUUUAGGUGAAGCUGGUUGAGAGAAUGCCAAGAGUGUGCAAAGCUGUCAUCAAGGCAAAGGGUGGCUAUUUGAAGAAUCUCAAUUCUAAAAUAUAUUUUGAUUUGUUUAAAACUUUUUGUUUUGUUUACUACAUGAUUCCGUAUGUGUUAUUCCAUAGUUUUGAUGUCUUCACUAUUAGUCUACAAUGUAUAAAAUAGUAAAAAUAAAGAAACCCUGUAAUGAGUAGGUGUGUCCAAACUUUUGACUGGUACUGUACAUGUCAGCUGCAUAUUCCAUUUGUUUGAUUGGACCCCACAAGCAUAAAUUCUCUCUUCUGUCAACUGGGAAGUGCUGGAGAGGGAAGCAGUAGACCUACUCACUUUUAAAUGUAAAAGUUAUGAACGGUGUCAUCACAGCAGUUGGUUUCAGGUUACUGACCUUGGCGGGAGGGGAAAAACAGGCGAGCGAAAUCACAAAUAAAUAAUUUUGUUGCUGGGGUGAGGCUUUCUCUCAUUAGAUUACAGAUAGGGCCUCGCGUGACCUCCCUUGUAGGUUACACCCCCCCACCUUUGGUACUGAUAUAGUUAUGCCUUCCAGGCCUAGUAGUCUUGUUUUAACAUGUGUGGUCUGUAUUCAGGAAGUGAGUCAUGGAGCUAACCCACCCCUAGCUGAGGGGCAUAUUGUGGUGCCGUAGGCUCUUCCAGUCAUAUAGGAAAUCAUAAACAUUGCAUUUAUAUCUGUUUGUGUGGCGCCCCGAGCUAGUGUUGACAAAGGGUUUGAGAUUUGGCAGCUUUAGUAGCGGUCCUUAAUUAUGAGUUGUGGUUGUGCUGGCACAUGUAAAGAGACAGAUGCCAGUUCAACUGCUGCUCUGUAUUACCUCUCAGUUCUGUGCGCACGUUUGAAAUGCACACAACUGAGCCUUUUUCUUGUAUUUGAAAGGCUACAGUCAGUCAGACGCAUUGUCCAGUUUGUUGUAUAGGCUAGCAGCUCAUUGGUUCACUUGAACGUCGUCUAAUUGUACACCCCCAGACCCUAUUUGCCCUCAUCUCACUGUUUCAACCCCACACACACGCAAGUGCUUCAUGGGAGAACAAUGAGAGCAGCAUUCUGGCAUAGUCCUGUGGUCUCAUGGCCCCAUUCACAGGAGAAAUGCAGCGUCCUUAAAUCUGUAGAAUCACAAGGGCUCCGUUCAAAGGCCUGCGAGCACUAACUGACCCUCUGAGAGGCUGGGCCUGGUACAUAGGUUAGUUAGACUUAUCUAGAGUGAUUGGUUACACUGAUCCGUGCUUAGUAAAACACUGAAUUUAGUGUGGACAGGUUGAAUAGCAGACGCGCUGCGCGACUGGUGCUUUUUACAGAUAAGCAGAAGUGGAGUGGAGCAUAUGGUCGUUAUCAGGAGUAGAAAGCUACCCAGAGAGUAGACUGGCCAAUGUGCAUGUGUAGUGGUGCUAGCUACAUCAUUUAUACAUCCCCUUGUCCUACGUUUUGCUAUAUACUUACUGCAGCAAAAAUUAACUCAGGCUUGAGGCUUCUGCAGAACCAUUCUAAAAGGACGUUUUAGUGUAGUUAAUGGAGCUGGGUAGCGCUUAGGGACUCUCUUGUAUUGUGAUAUUGGUUUAAAGACAGGAAGCAUCUCCCUCUAGCUUGUAGAUAGGCUUAAAUCUACUGUAGAAGAUGUGCGUACUGUUAUGACAUUAUUCACUCCAGCACCAGUUCAGUGUGGACCUGCGCGACUCAGUGCUGCGUCAGACUCCCAGGUUUAUUUGACAAAAGCAAUGUCGCAAAAAAAUAAUAACAUUGCGACGUGUGAUGGAAACUGCAGCUAUAGGAGAAAGGUUCUAAAGAUAGACGUUUUUAUCUGCUUGAAGGGGUGGAUUUUUCUUUUGUCUAACUUUAUUGGGACAAAUGAUGAUUGUCGAAUAAUUUAAAAGGUAUACGGGCCACGAUGUCAUCACGUAACUACAACUCUCCAGUUUCCACAUUUAAUUCUAAAUGCCUACUGCUUGCUUAAUCUUUCAAGAAUGCCUGACUUGCUUCACCUUGCUUUUCUGGUUGGCUGGAUGCAAGUUUCACUAUCCAAUUAUUUCAGAUCUACAGGAGUGCAAGUUUCACCAUGACAUGGGCUGUGGCGAUACGUUGGCACAUGAGAAUUAUUAGAAUAUGGCAAAUAUUAGUAAAUUCUUGCAUUAUAUCCAUGCUGGCUUUUGCAGGCUACCUGAGACAGAUAGGUGGGAGGGCAUACAGGCUGUCGCCAAUUUAUUAAUGUCAAUUUGCCUAAAUGGGUAAUGGAAACACUUACACCACUGUUUCUAUCUACACAAGACCAUUAAAUGGAAACCCACCGUAGCAGGCAAUUGUCCCAUCUAUUUUCAAUGCAAACUUUGUAAAUGUCGACUAAAAAUCACUGGACAAGUUAAUGGAAACAUAGCUACUGAGAGCUUUUGAGUAGGGCUUUGAGAGGAAUUACUUUGCUGUGCACCCACUGCGGUCUCGUUCAAUACCUAGUAACAUAUUCAUCAUCAGUGUGUUUGCCUUUUUUUGUAGUUUGUUGCCCUGAAUAAAUGUGUAGUUUGCUAGAUACUGUAACAGUAGACGUUCACCAAACAGAUGUUCAUCAUCACGGUUUUAUUUUCUCAUUUAAAUAUCAACCUAUUGUCCUAAAAGUCUCCCUCCUUCCCAUUUCUCUCUCCCUCCUCUGUUAUCUCCACCCUUCUCUCCUCUUUCUGUUCACGAGCAGCAGUCAGGCCUGAUUAGUCGAGUGACAGACACAGUCAAGAGCAUCGUUCCUUCUUGGCUGCAGAAAUACUUCAGGAACGGGGAGGCUGCAGAAGGGGGAGGGGCCAUGGUGGGGGAGGAGCCGAAUAGCCAGGCCCCUCCCCCUAAUGACAGCGAGGAGGUAGACCCCCUUCCUGAUGGACGGGACUCUGCAGAGCCCGGUAGCAGCAAUACAGGUGAGCAGAUAUGGCAUAAUAUACAGUAUAUCAGAUAUAUUUAUGACAUAUGGCAGACAUCUAGCCCAUUGGUGCUGUAUUAUAUUUUUAGAUAUUUAAUCCUUUGUUUUUGGAUUGUUUAGCCUAAUUCCAGUAUUUGAACUUGCCUUGGGACCUCAGUGCAAUUUUGAAGCUCAAAAUAUGGAUCAACCCAUCUUAACCCUAGUCAUUUCAACCCAUCUUAACCUCCAGAGCCUUCGACAAGCAGGGCAUCCCUGAACUUCCAGGAUGUUCUGUUGAGGCCCCCCCUCAACCGCACCCACCUCCACUUCCCCUCCCUGGACGCCUCCCCGGCCCUGCGGGGCCCCAGCUCCCUGUUCUCCGAGCCCUCCACCUCCUCCGCCCCUUUCUCCGGGGGCCCCUUCGCUGGGGCCUCGUCCAGCUUCACCCUGGUCAAGGAGAUCAAGGACAACAGCUCCCAGCACGAGGACGACAACAUCUCCACCACCAGCGGCUUCUCAUCACGCGCAUCAGAAAAAGGUAGUGUGUUUUGUGGAUUGUGUGUGUGGAAAGUACUCAAUCACAUUUUGGCCACGAGCAAUCCUGUUGAGGUCUAGAGUCAGCAGAAUAUAUUUUAAUGGUAGGAAGUGGCUGUGGGAAAUAAUUUCCCAAAUUUUGAAUAUAACAUUUUAGUAUGCGUAGACAGUAUUGCUGAAAUUCAGUCCUUUGUUACAUAGAUGCAUGACACAAGUUUGAUUAAUCACACAAAAAUGUCUCUUCUCUGUCCCCAGAUGUACCGAACUUUAAGACCACGUCGCUACCCCAGCUCUGGUCUCCGGAGAUGGACCGGACCCACUCUGGGCCCCAGCAGUCCCAGUCCAGUCUCAAAAAGCCUGCCUUCAACCUGUCUGUCUUUGGGACUUCCUCCACUGUGAGUGUCAGUCAGUCAAGUCAGUCCUCCACUGUGAGUGUCAGUCAGUCGAGUCAGUCCUCCACUGUGAGUGUCAGUCAGUCAAGUCAGUCCUCCACUGUGAGUGUCAGUCAGUCAAGUCAGUCCUCCACUGUGAGUGUCAGUCAGUCGAGUCAGUCCUCCACUGUGAGUGUCAGUCAGUCGAGUCAGUCCUCCACUGUGAGUGUCAGUCAGUCGAGUCAGUCCUCCACUGUGAGUGUCAGUCAGUCGAGUCAGUCCUCCACUGUGAGUGCCAGUCUAGAGUCCGCAAACUCUACUCGCUUUGCUACCGAUGUUAAAUUGAUUUACUUCGACCAGUUGCAAUAAUGACAGCUAAUAAUUUACCCAAAUUCUUUACAGGAAAACCUGCAUGCAUGCAUACAUACAUGUGGCUUGGAAACUUGCUGGUGCUGCAUUAUGAUUGUGUUUGAUAUUCGGCCUCCAUGUUUUUCUUCUCCGCUAGUCUACGUUGAACAGUUCAGUGCUGAACUCCAGUCAGUUGGGGGAUUCCCCCUUCUACCCAGGGAAGACUACCUACGGGGGAGCGGCUGCUGUUAGAACAGGCCGCUCACGCACAGCCACACCUUACCAGGUAAGCUCCCCACUCCACUACAACUCACAAGUGUUUCCCUAUUGAUUUCCCCCCCCCCCCCCCCCCAAAAAAAAAAAAGCUAUAUUCUGGGCUGCCAGCACCAACAAUUUCAUUUCAAACAGAUAGUAGAUAUGAUGUUAGUCAGGGGAAAUAGAGCUGUGAUGCCCUGUGCUGAAUAAUAACAGAUAGUAGAUAUUAUGUUAGUCAGGGGAAAUGCAGCUGCAGAGUUCAGAAAUCUGCAGUUUUAAACCAUUUCACUUGCGUUUUUAUAUUGAAAGUCAAGUGUUUUUUUUUGUUGUUGCCUCAAUUGAGUGAUCAGCAGCAUGCAUCUAUAGUUUUCCUUCAGAGAAAAUACAUUAGUGCAACACAUUUGGCAGACAAUAGCUUGAUUUUCAUUGGAUGACAGCAGAAGUGCAACACUAUUUGGCUAGCAGCCACACCAGUAAAUGAGCAUUUUUGCAAAAACCAUUUCUAAUGUUUAUCAUAGAAAGAAUGUAGCCAGCUACUAUUCCUAAUGUUUUGCUUGAAGUUAAUCUUGCAUUUUACCAGAGAAAAGUAGACUGGCUACACUGAGAAAAGUAGACUGGCUACACUGAGAAAAGUAGCUCCACAUCAGUCAGAGCGCUGUCUGCUGAUAGAACGCCCGUUUGUGAAUUCUCAUCCGAGUGGAGAAGUGCAACUGAAGCACAAAAUUAGUCUGAUUCUGGGCAGAAAUUACAGUAAGAAGCAUUUUUAGAUCGGCAUUUACAAAACACAGCAAGAUAUCUUAUGUAUUUUAUCAUUUUUUUCCGUGGAAACACGACCCCUGAGCUGUUUGAUGCUCUGCAUUUCCACCAGUGCUAUUUCAUUAACUUGGCAUUCAUUCAAACCAUGUUUGCCGUUAAUCACUUUGUGGUAAUUGGGUUUGUAAAAAGUGCUUCUCUAUGUAAAUAGAAUGUUAUUGAUGGAUGUGUAUUUCACCCUCUAGGCUCCAUUGCGGAGACAGAUCAAGGCCAAGCCUGCUGGGGCUCAGCCCUGUGGGGUGACCAGCGCUACCGCCCGACGCAUCCUACAGUCCCUGGAGCGCAUGUCCAGCCCCCUCGCUGUGCGUACCAAUAAAGUUGUUUACGUUGAAUUAAAUAUGGAACCCUCAGAUUCGCAUGAACAGGGGCCAUUUCAGCUUGGCACAAUGGCUACAGAACUGUCUGAUAGAAAUGUGUUGUAUAGAUCCUCUGUGUAUAUAGUAUUAGUGUCAGCUGUUAGGCCUACAUUUCUUUAUUUCUGGAGAAGCCAUUUGAAGUGGUGAAUCCGCACAAGGAAAUAAUGUAUACAUUUCAACCAGUGGAGGCUGCUGUGGGGAGGACGGCUCAUAAUAAUGGCUGGAUGGAGCGAAUGGAAUGGCAUCAAACACAUGGAAACCAUGGAAAUGAUGUGUUUGAUGUUGUUGAUACCUUUCCACCUACUCCGCUCCAGUCAUUACCAGAAGCCCGUCCUCCCCAAUUAUGGUGCCACCAACCUCCUGUGGUGUCAACAUGGCUAUCAAGCUAUGGGAAAUGUCUCUGUAGAAAGUUAUUUAUGUUAACAAAUGCAUCAUUUGUUUGUUUGUGUUUUAACAGGAUGCCAAGAGAAUCCCCUCUACAGUGUCCUCUCCCUUGUCAACAGUAUGUGUUAUGAAUUUCUCUUUUUUUAUAUUCUCAAUGGUCGUCAUUGUUACUUAGCUCACAUCUCUUUCUCUUAUGUCCUGCAGUCCCUGGAUGGCAGCACUCUAGACCGCUCACAUUUCCAGGCCCAAAAAAAACGGGUAAGUGUUUGUAAGAGACACCGACCCUUUAUCGUGGACAUUUUGCUGAUAUCGUUCAUUACGAUAAAUAACCUAUAGGACCCUUCUAGAGAAAGGUUUGAAAUUAAAUACGUUUGUUAAUAUGGGUGAUUGUGAAUGGGACAAUUGAUAGCGACCACAGUCAAAAGCCCUAUUCGGACGGGAUUACUUUGCUGUGGGAGGUCGGGUAAUGUAUGUGCACGAGCACAAAACACCACAUCUGUGGUUUUAGUCCCUGCCGAAUCUGCCAUGUCAGUAAUGCUUAAAUGGCAGGAGAGUAACAAUUCCAGCCAGAAUAACCUACAGUUUUUUGGCGAACUCCAAGGUCCUCUGAUAAUACUAGUCCCGUGUGAAUCGACAUCCCUGUGUUUUGAGAGAAAUGUGUGAAGGCUGGGGGAGCAUUUAGGACGUACUGCGGAUCGCUAAAAUAUUCAAAUGAUUAUGAGCACACUUCCUCAUUUUAAAUAUUAUGGCGACACUAUACCAAAGAUGGUUUGGUAUGGUUUAGAAAUGUGGGAACCAAGCUCGAGUUAUCAGUGUAGCCCUGUUAUCACCUAGAAAAAAACCUCCAGGCUUCCGUCAUAACUGUCAAUUUAUUGAAAGAAAGGUAAGAAUUACAGGGGGCAGUUUGGAAAAACUAAUCCUGUCCGAAUCGUCCUCUGGAAUAACGGACAUUCUUGAGUAAUAAUUACAUAACCAACGUUCUUUAGUAUUAAUAGUCUUGUGCGAAAAGGGCUAAAGUAGUAGUAAUUUUAAGGGUAAUAUUUUAAAAAAAUACCUGGUGCACAUUGUUAUAAACGUAUCGUUCUAGUUAUUGUGGUAAUUCAGUCAAUUUAUCGGGAUAUGGAUUUUGGUCCAUAUUGCCCAGCUAGUGUUUAUCUUCAAAAACCCAAUACAAUAUCUCUUGACACUGACAGCUGACAUUAUGGCAUUUCAAACCUGGGAAAGAAGGUAGUACCGGAGGCUGUCUAGUGCUCACUUUAUAGCCAGACACUCCUUCUCCAUGGUUGAAUACCUGGUUUCCCUGGGCAAGUGCUUCCGACUCAGGUACAGCACUGGGAGCUCCUCUCAUGGCUCCCCUUGGGGCAGUAGAGCUCCAAUUCCCACAGCUGACGCGUCCACCUGUACGAGAAACCUCUUCUGAAAAUCAGGGCUCUGGAGAACGGGAUGAGCACAGGUGUUUUUUCAGCGUCAUGAACGCUUCCUCACACUCCUCAGUCCACUUCACAGGGUUGCUGGCCACCUUUUUGAGGUGAGGUUGAUCAGGGGAACUGCGAUGGUGGAGAACUGGGGAAUGAAUCUCCGGUACCACCCUGCCAGACCUAGGAAGGACUUCACCUGUGUCUUGGUUCUGCGUUCAGGGCUGUUCCUAAAGGACUCCACUUUUUCCACCUGAGGCCGAACUUUACUUUUACCCAGCUGGCAACCUAGGUACUAUGUCUCCUGUUUUACCCACUCACACUUCAGGAGGUUAAGCCUGAGGCUUGCAUCAUGGAUCUUCCCCAGGACUCUGCUAAGACCCUGUAUGUGCUCCUCCCAGGAGUGGCUGUAGAUCACCACGUCAUCCAACUAGGCAGCACAGCAAUCGUCACAGUCCUGGAGGACCUUGUCCAUGAGCCUCUGGAAAGUUGCAGGGGCCCCAUGAAGCCCAAACUGCAUAACCUUGAACUGGAACAGGCCCAUCAGCAUCCGGAAGGCAGUGUAGGCCUUGGACUGUUCGUCCAGGGGCACCUGCCAGUACCCUUUGCAGAGAUCCAACGUGGUGAUGUAAUGAGCUCCACCUAUUUUCUUCAGUAAGUCGUCAAUGUGGGACAUGGGGUAGGCAUCAAACUGGGAGAUGGCAUUCACCUUACGGAAGUCCAUGCAGACACGCAAAGAGCCAUCCUUCUUUAGGGUGGAUGACAAUGGGGCUGCUCCAUUCACUUGACGAUGGUUCGACAACAUCCAUCUAUAUCAUGGUGUGGACCUUUUCCUUGAGGGAUACCACCAGCCUCUCAGGCACACGGUAAGGAUGCUGGCGCACAGGGUUCUGGUCAGGUUUCAAACGGAUGAUGUGUUCAAGGACAUGCAAACAUUUUGGUACGAUGAAGAUUUGGCACAUGCAAUUAUAUUCAAACCUCUGGGGUUUUAUUUGACCAGAUUAACCCAGCUGUUGAUAAUGGCCAUAUAUGGAUUGGAGAGCUGAGAAUAAAAUUUGAGCGUUUUAAAUUAUUGUAUGCGUGUGUACAUGGGACAUGUUGUUUUGAGUAUUUAUCUGACUUUUCUGUGUUCCCCUACAGCUGGACUCUCCCCUCCCACCAGUCCAGAGGCUGGUGAUCCCAGCAUCAGCGUCGGUGUCUGGGAACCGCUCAAUGUCCUUCAGGCCCUCUCUGAUCCCCGGGUGCCUAACCCGAACCCCCAGAGACACGGUGAGGACCCCCACCUCCACAUUAGUCAGCUAAUGGCUUCUACGCAUCCAUACAACUACAGACAGCUAACUAUCGAUGAUGUGUUGAAGUCUUCCCCCAACUCCGACUAACUGUCCAUAGCUGUUUCUGCAUGUUGAAUCGGGACCAACUACGAUGUCCAGCAACUAGGGCUGGGCCAUAUAUCAAGUUAAUUCAAUUAAUUUGAAUUCAUGUUUUGGUGGCAUGUUCUGAAUGCCUGUAUCACAAUAAUUAUUGGUUUGUUUUUAUGAGCGUUCUAUGUCUUUUUGGUCUCGUCUCCUACUUUGCUGUGUGCACUUUGCACCUUCCCACUCGCACACAGACUCCAAGCCCCUGCCACUCAUCACGACAAAAUAUAACUUCUUCCUCUGACAACAAGCAGUUUAAACACGCUAUUUGCAUUUGAGGUUUGGUUCAACAGAAUCGGUCAUAUGGAGACCGAAACACUUAGACAUUAUUUUACUAUAAUGGACGAGAACUGAACCUUUCUAACGACCCUUUUUGUGUCUCAACUCCCGACAUGUAUAACAGAGCAGGCCCUACUAAAACGAGAGCAUCAAUGAACAUGAUUGUGGGAAAUGAAUACUCAGUUUGUCGCGCGCGGUACCACGUACCGCUAGCAGCAUUUUAUAAUAAUAAUUAUAUGCCAUUUAUCAGACGCUUUUAUCCAAAGCGACGUACAGUCAUGCGUGCAUACAUUUUUUUUGUGUAUGGGUGGUCCCGGGGAUCGAACCCACUACCUUGGCGUUACAAGCGCCGUGCUCUACCAGCUGAGCUACAGAGGACCACAGACUUAUGCGCCAGCUGGCUAGUCUGUAUUUUAUAAGUGUGCAAUGAGCAUGAAAAUACACUUUUUAUAUAAGGAAUUUGCAACUCUUUCUCUGAUAGAAGAAUUUAAAUGUUAAAAGUAGUGACUAAAAGUAUUCCACCCUGAAACUAUAUAACGGUGUGAAAUGUAUUAGAAUAAUAAGACUAUAAUCUAGUAAUGUGUGUGCGUAGGACAAGUUAAGGUUAUGAUGUUGUGUUACAAUUUAGCAAUAUAAGUAGGAGUUAGGACAGACAACUUGUGACAACUGUGAAACCAAUAAUGGGAAAUAGGCCUCCCAACUCAGGGAGGGGAGAAACUGUUAGGCUCUGAGAAGAUUAUGAAACAUGUUGCAGAAUUGAGAUAACAAAUAUGUGUACAGUGGAAAAAUACAGCCCGCCUAAAGUGGGUGGGAUUUUCGUCUGACGUGUGUGUAUAAAGGAUGGGCUCUGAACUUGAGAGGCCAGAGCUCUCAUGAAUAAAGAAACUGAUUCAUUGCAGAAAUUGGACUUUAAUUCUCUAGUUUACAUUUUAGUCAUUUUAGCAGAUGCUCUUAUCCAGAGCAACUUACAGUUAGUGCAUACAUUAUUAUUUUAUUUUUCAUACUGGCCCCCCGUGGGAAUUGAACCCACAACCCUGGCGUGGCAAACACCAUGCUGUACCAACUGAGCUACAUCCCUGCCGGCCAUUCCCUCCCCUACCCUGGACGAUGCAGGGCCAAUUAUGCGCCGCCCCAUGGGUCUCCCGGUCACGGCCGGCUACGACAGAGCCUGGAUUCGAACCAGGAUCUCUAGUGGCACAGCUAGCACUGCGAUGCAGUGCCUUAGACCACUGCGCCACUCGGGAGACAUUAAUAGUUAAUAAUGAAUUAAACAACCUCUGGGAAUUAUUCAAAGCUUGAGAAGUAGUUGACUUCAACCAUUGAGAUAACAAAAUUCUCGUGACAUUCUCAUUCUGAGCAAUAAUAAUAAUCUUAUCCAGGUAGGCCACUCCAAGUUGGUUAUAAAGAUUAGCUCUCUACUCACUAGCAGGUGGGCUUGUGUUUGAUAGAUUGUUUAUGAGACCUGUGUUAAUUUUGGCUCUGGUUAUUUUUUUUAAACAAAAAUUGCAUUUUCAUAGACAUACUUGAAAGCCAGAUCAGUGAUUUGCAAAAAAAAAAAAAAAUGCAGGUUAAACUAUUUUUGAUAAAAUUAAUAAAUAGGUAUAAUUUUACAAGCCCUGAAUUCAUUAGAUUAUUCCUGACUGUUUGAGUUGCAGUGUGUAUUGACCUUAGACCACUGCGCCUCCACUAUAGAUCCUGGUUCGAAUCCAGGCUCUGUCGUAGCCGGCCGCGACCGGGAGACCCAUGGGGCGGCGCACAAUUGGCCCAGCGUCGUCCAGGGUAGGGGAGGGAAUGGCCGGCAGGGAUGGCGUUUGCAAUGCCAGGGUUGUGGGUUCGAUUCCCAUGGGGGGCCAGUAUGAAAAAAAUAAAAUAAUAAUGUAUGCACUCACUAACUGUAUGUCACUCUGGAUAAGAGCGUCUGCUAAAUGACUAAAAUGUAAACAAAGCUUAUUUAGAGAUAAAAAUAAAGUAUAUUUAUACUGUAUAUUGUGCAUCACCCACAAGAGAUAUGAUUUUUAGGCAGUAUCGCCCAGCCCUACCAACUGCGACUACACACCGGGCUGAUUCUUUUAAACCCCGUCCAUAGACCGUUGGGUUGGCUGUAGUUGGGUAGAUGUGAAGGUUGUUUCAUUCAAGAGUUGCUUUCCAAAUGUACAGCCAGUCCAUAGAACCAGACUUGUUUUGCUUCAUGUUUAACCUUUGCUCCACCAUCUCCAGCCCACAAGACAAUCCCCUCUGAUUCCUGAAGCAGUGGCAGGUCCUUCUCAAAGCACAAGCAGCAGUCUGCCCACCUACCCUCUGUCCAGCACUCCUGCAGCCAGAAGCACAGGGUCAGGAGGAGGGAAGGUGAAGAGGGAGAGGACCAGCACACGACCCUCGUCCAAACGACCUGAAGACGAGGUGGGUGCUCAUCUCUUAUUCUCUCUGAUCCCUUCUCCUAUUCUGUCUGGCGAGAAGUUUGGGAUCCAGGCAAUAAAUGAUUGGUUAGUUCUGAAAUGUUUCUGAGCAGGGCUGGAAAUGGGGGUGGGGGGGGUCGGGUUGAAACAAUAAUUGUCUAAUUGUGCAAGGAAAUUAUUGCCAUACGCCGCUAUGUGUAGUAGAGAUAUUCUGGUUCAUGUAUAGUACUGUUAACUGUUUUCUACACUCUGACUCCUCUCUUCAGAUUGCUGAGCUACCGGCCCUGCCGGCCAUCUCUCUACUUAUCAACACCUCCAUCAGUCUGCCCAGCUUUAGCUUCUCCACCACCAAGCCCACUGCCACUGUCACCUCCACUCCUGUCCUGGAGGAGCCCGUCACUAACGAGGUCCGUCCAGCUCCAUUUGACUGUGUCCCAUAGGACACCCUAUUCCCUUUAUAGUGCUCUACUUUUGGCCCCAUAGGGCCCUGGUUAAAAGUAAUGCACUAUUUAUGGAAAAGGGUGCCAUUUGGGACGUAGCCAUUGACUUUUGAUAUCUUCAGUUGUUUUUAUUUGAAUGUAUCCAAAUGUGUUUAGUGUCCAUCCUAAUGACCAUGAAGUCUGUCUUUCUUUCAGGUGCCACCGACUACAGCCCCCUCUACCCCUCCCUCCACACCUUUCACCUUCUCCUCCCCUAUUGUCAUGACAACUGCUGCUAGCCCACCGUCCUUCUCCCCAUCUGUAAGUCCCACAGCUUUACCGCAGCUUGAGUAUGCCUGCUGUGAUGAGUGUUACCCCCGCAGAAUAUCGUUGUUUCUGUUUUGACAUUCCACAAUGGUGAGAUCACUGCACUGACUGAUGUUGACCAUCUUCUGUCUCUUAGUCUGGGUUUACAUUCAGUGCACCUGUAGUGAAAACGGGUCUGUCACUAUCCAACGGGAAGAUGGCCACCCCAGUAGUGGCAGCAGGUAAGCGUGGAUCACCUCCUGGAUAAGAACAAGAUCCAAGCCUUGAUGUAAAGGGAAACCAAUUUCAUAGCUAAUGGUUCUUCUGUUGUUUCCAUUGGUGUCUCUGUAGUGAAGCACGCUGCCAGUGAGAGCAGGGAGGAGUUAGAAGGGCCGUUUAAACCAGCCAAGGUGUUGAAACAGGGCAGUGUGCUGGACCUCCUCAAAGGACCUGGUGAGAAUGACGGAAAUAUUAAUACAGAAUCUUGACGUUUCUAGUAACGCUUGACCUGAUCUCUAUUAUAAGACUUACAAGUCAUCUGCCAUCAGCUGUCAUGACUGUUUAUGUGAUCUGUCAUGACUGUUUAUUUCAAAAAAAAUUUUUUAGUCAUUUAGCAGACGCUCUUAUCCAGAGCGACGUACAGUUAAGUGAGUGCAUACGUUUUCAUACUGGCCCCCCCGUGGGAAACGAACCCACAACCCUGGAGUUGCAAGCGCCGUGCUCUACCAACUGAGCUACAGGGGACUACAUGUGAUCUGUCAUGACUGUUUAUGUAAUCUGUCAUGACAGUGUUAUGUGUCUCUUUUUAAUGGUGGGUUUAAAUUAGUGUAUUUUCAAAUAGUGUCUUUAUAUUUCUAUCUGGUUUUAGGGUGGUUUUUAACCCUAGCUCUUCUUUCCCAUAGGGUUUGCCGUUCCUGUUACUCAGACCUCCCCUGUCCCCAAAGCCCCCCAGGAGACCCCAGCCCUGUCCAGCGCCCCCUCCCUUGGGGACUUGUUCAAAGUGCCUACAGGCUCCUGGGACUGUGAUGUCUGCAUGGUGCAGAACAAACCCACUGACACAAAGUGUGUGGCCUGUAUGACCCCACAACCAAAUUCUUCUUUAGCAAAGACCCACAGUAAACCCUUCACAACGUUGUCCGGGUUGGAGGGUUCCACCACCACCACUACUGCUGCUGCUGGUUUUGGAGCCCUGUUCACAAAGCCUGCGGGAAGCUGGGACUGUGACACUUGUCUGGUUCAGAACAAGCCUCAAGUGGUCAAAUGUGUGGCCUGUGAGACAGCCAAGCCUGGGACUGGAGUUAAGGCCACACUGACUCUGCCUGCCUUCUCGGAGGCUAAGACUCUGCCCGCUGCUGCCCCCCUCCUGGGCUUCGGGGACAAGUUUAAGAAGCCGGAGGGUGCGUGGGAGUGUGACGUGUGCAUGGUGCAGAACAAGGCGCAGGACAUCAAGUGUGUUUCCUGUAUGAGCACUAAGCCAGCUAAUGAGAAGAGGGAACAACCUGGUGGGUUUUCUUUUUCUUGCUUAUAGGUGUUUUUUCUCAUGAAGUUGCCUGUUGAGAUAAUUUGUUGUCUCCAUACUGCUAUCUUGACCGACUGUUCAUUUUGCAUCAAAAGAUCUUCAAGAAAGUAUUUUAAAGGAAAUCUGGUGCAAAUGUAUGUUUACAUUUUUGCUUAUCGCUCAUAUCAUCUUCCUAACAGGAGCGACGGCAGCGCCUCCAUCUCUAACUCCCGCCCCUGUCAGCACCACUCCUCUACUAGGCUUUGGGGCCCAGUUCAAGAAGCCAGAGGGAGCGUGGGAGUGUGACGUGUGCUGUGUUCAGAACAAGGGAGCAGACCAGGCAUGUGUGGCCUGUCAGACCCACAAGCCUGGGGUUAAAGUAGAGCCCAAAGGUACGUACAGCUGUCAACUGCCAUCUUUCUGUAUUAUAGAGGCUUCGUUAGAGGGCUUUGUCAUUGUAGCAAGAUCUUUUGAUAUUAGUGAGGAGAGAUGUGAAGCCUGAACUAAGAUAAGGAAAUUCAUGAUAACAGUUUAGUUUUUUUAAUACAUAAUUCUGAAGUAGUUAAUUUAUGUGAUCCUCUGUCUCUUUCAGCGUUCGGUUCCUCGUCGUUUGGUAUCCAGUCCUUGUCUGACACCGGCUCAGGGGGUUUCAAGUUUGGCUUGGGGGCGUCAUCGGACUCAGCCUCUGCUUCUGGGGGCUUCAAAUUCGGCGGCAACCUCUCUGACUCCUCCUCUUCAGGGGGCUUUAAAUUCGGCGGCACCCUCUCUGACUCCUCCUCAGGGGGCUUCAAAUUCGGUGCAGCUGGCUCAUCAGACACCACCUCGACAGACACCAGCAGCUCUGCAGGCUUCAAAUUCAGCAGCUCCACAGAGGGUUUCAGAUUUGGAGCUGCUGCUGCUUCCACCCCUGCAGCGGCCGAGGGGAAGAAGGAUGAAGCCCUGAGUAUGGGUGCCGGGUUCAAAUUUGGCGUCAGCGGUGGGAUCUCGUUCGGCACUGCAGCAGCUGUUAGCACGGAGAGCAAACCCUCGGACGGAGGGUUCUCCUUUGGACUAUCAAAACCGGCAACCACAACCACCUCCUCUACUUUAAGCCUUCCUGUCUCUACAGAGAACGACAGUGGAGCUUCUACAGAAACAGCAGCAGCUCAUAUGUUUGGGAAGCUGGCUGAGGCCGAGCCUCCUGCCCUGGCCACACCACUAGGGGGCAGCAUAUUCGGGGAAUCGCAAGAGAAAGACCAGGACCCUUUCACCUUUGGGAAGCCUGACGAGAAGGAGGCCUCUAUGAGGUCUGGGUUCCUAUUCAGUGCUGCAAGUAAAGAGGCGGAGGAAUCGGCUCCCCCUGGAGGCUUUUCCUUCAGUAUGCUAGAUCCAUCUGCAGACCAGCCCAAAGCACCUACCUUCGCCUUUGGGAAGCUGGCAGACGACAGCGAGACCCCAGCAGCAAAAGCCCCUAAGCCCUCAUUCAGCUUUGGGCAAAGCUCUACAGGUGGGAGGGAUACGCUGCAAUAGUUAAUGUUAUUAUUAACCAAUUUUGUAUUUGUCAAUUCUAUAAAUGGAUGUUCUACUAUAAUUCUAUAAAUGGAUGUUCUACUGUAAAAUUAUGAAUAUUUUUUUUUUGAUUAUUAUUUUUUUCCUCCACUAUUCAAAUGUAUGUGUUUGUAAUGAAUGAACACGCUGUCUACACUUAAACCAAUCAUUCUUCACUUCAUUCAGUCCUUUUUGUUGUUUUUCUUGCAGAUGCUGCAGCCUCAAAGCCAGCGUUUGGGUUCAUGGCAACCACCACCUCUUCUUCCACCACCACUGCCCCCAGUCUGUUUGGGCCCCUGAGCAGCACUACCCCAGCCCCUAUCCCGGCCCCCAGUACCUACCUGUUCGGGCAGAGUGCCUCCAGUGAGGCCACCCCAGCCAAGUCCUUCUUGUUUGGGCCGAACCAGGACAGCCUGCCUGCCCCUGCAGCCUCCCUGAACCCUGGCCCGGCUCAGCCCUUCCUGUUUGGGUCUGGACCUAACACUGCUGCUCCCUCCUUCACUUUUGGAGCGGCAGCGCCCUCCACUGCCUCAUCUACAGGUUGGCUACUUUUAGGACUUAUUUUCAAGGAUUCUUUUUUAUUUUUCACCCCUGACUGUUGCUGCUGCACUAUUCUACUAAUGUGAAUUGAUAGCGUUGUGGUUUUUCUGCAAACUUCUCUUUAUCUAAUAAGUGAAGCUGUUGGCCACAUUGACCAAUAGUUGACCCAAGAUGUUUUGCCGCUUUAGCGCUCUUGUUUGUAGUUGGUUGAAAUGUAAUCAGCGCUAUUUUAACUUCUCUCUCUCUCUCCAGCUCCAUCAGCAGCCCAUGCUCCGUUUGUAUUCAGCCCUGCCUCCUCCACUGGCUUUGGGUCGGGACAAGCUCCUACCUUUGGUCAGGGUACCUCCCAGCCCAAUGCCCCUGCGUUUGGUUCUCCAGCACCGUCCCCCUUCUCUGCCACAGCCUCCCAGCACUCUGUCCCUGUGUUCGGCCAGCAAGCCAACUCCACGCCCGCUUUUGGCUCAUCCACCCCCGCCACACCAGGUGGGUUUCUACUGUCACUUUAUCUGGGGUUAUUUUGUGUAUGUACAGUGCAUUUAGAAAGUAGUCACACCCCAUGACUUUUUCCACAUUUUGUUGUUACAGCCUGAAUUUAAAAUGGAGUACAUUUUUAUUUUGUGUCACUGGCCUACACACACUACCCCAUAAUGUCAAAGUGGAAUUAUGUUUUUCGAAAUGUUUACAAAUUAAUUAAAAAUGGAAAGCUGAAAUGUCAUGAGUCCAAUAAGUAUUCAAGCCCUUUGUUAUGGCAAGCCUAAAAUAAGUUGAGGAGUAAAAAUGUGCUUAACAAGUCACAUAAUAAAUUGCAUGCUCUGUGUGCAAUAAUAGUGUUUAACAUGAUUUUUGAAUCACUAUACCCCACACAUACAAACCCCACACAUAUCUGUAAGGUCCAUCAGUCAAGCAGUGAAUUUCAAACAUAUUCAACUACAGAGACCAGGGAGGUUUUCAAAUGCUUCGUGAAGAAGGGCACCUAUUGGUAGAUGGGUAAAAAUAAAAAAGCUGACAUUGAAUAUCCCUUUGAGCAUGGUGAAGUUAUUAAUUAGACUGGAUGGUGUAUUAAUACACCCAGUCACUACAAAGAUACAGGCGUCCUUCCUAACUCAGUUGCCGGAGAAGAAGGAAACUGCUCAGGGAUUUCACAAUGAGGCCAAUGGGGACUAAAACAGUUACACAGUGUAAUGGCUGUGAUAGGAGAAAACUGAGGAUGGAUCAACGACAUUGUAGUUACUCCACAAUACUAAUCUAAAUGGCAGAGUGAAAAGAAGGAAGCCUGUACAUAAUACAAAUAUUCCAAAACAUGCAUCCUGUUUGCAAUAAGGCACUAAAGUAAAACUGCAAAAAAUAUGGCAAAUAAAUUAACUUUGUCCUAAAUACAAAGCGUUAUGUUUGGGGCAAACACAACACAUCACUGACUACCACUCAUCAUAUUUUCAAGCAUGGUGGUGGCUGCAUCAUGUUAUGGGUAUGCUUGUCAUUGGCAAGGACUAAGUAGCUUUUUUGGAUAAAAAGAAACUGAAUAGAGCUAAGCAAAGGCUAAAUCCUAGAGGAUAACCUGGUCUGCUUUCCAACAGACACUGGGAGACAAAUUCACCUUUCAGCAGGACAAUAACCUAAAACACAAGGCCAAAUAUACGCUGGAAUUCCUUACCAAGACGACAGUGAAUGUUCUUGAGUGGCCAAGUUACAGGUUUGAAUUAAAUCAGCUUGAAAAUCUAUGCAAGACUUGAAAAUGGCUGUCUAGCAAUGAUCAACAACCAACUUGACAGAGCUUCAAGAAUUUUAAAAAGAAUAAUGUGCAAAUGUUGCACAAUCCAGGGUUACAAAGCUCUUUAGAGACUUACCCAGAAAGACAGCUGUAAACGCUGCCAAAUGUACUUCUACAAAGUAUUGACUCAGGAAUGUGAAUACUUAUGUAAAUGAGAGAUUUCUGUAUUUCCUUUUCAAUAAAUUUGCUAAAAUAUUUCAACAUAUUUUCACUUUGUCAUUAUGGGGUGUGUAGAUGAGUGAGAUAAAUAUAUUUUGAAUUCGGCCUGUAACACAACAAAAUGUGGAGUAAGUCAAGGGGUAUGAAUACAUUCUGAAGAUAAUAAAAAACAAGAAUCAUUUAAGAUUGAUAUGAUAUUCAAAAAAUACAUUUUACUACUCAGUCUGAUUAGUGUGAUGGCUUUUGAAUCAUCCUAUCACGCAACGUUAAAGAUUCAACUUCAAUGAUUCACCUGGUGUCCAUGGUUUUACCAGGUGGAGGUUUCCAGUUCGGAGGAAACAGUGCAUUCGGCACCUCCAGUAACAGCACAGGGGUGUUUGCUUUCGGAGGGGCACCAGGAGGGUCCCCCGCCCCUUCUGCCACGCCCUCCAUGGCACCCCAACCCAGUGCACCUGGAGGUGGCUUUAACUUCGCAGCGGCCCCUACCUUUAUUGGGUGAGUCCAAUAGCUCCAACUCCUGAUAAGGAUUGGCCCAAAUUCACCUGUCCCUAUAUAAAUACAUUGGUAUUCAUAUGCUCUCAGAAUUGUUGCAUCCCCUGGUUUAGUGGUUGUUAUUAGUCCCAAGUCAUUGUGUGUGUAUGUAUGUGUAUAUAUAUAUAUAUGUAUAUAUAUAUAUGUAUAUAUAUAUGCGCUCAGUUGGUAGAGCAUGGCACUUGCAAUGCCAGGGUUGUGGGUUUGAUUCCCCCGGGGGGCCAGUAUGAAAACUUUUAUGCACUCAAUAACUAUAAGUCGCUCUGGUUAAGAGCGUCUGCUAAAUGACUAAAAUGUAAAAUAAUAAUUUUUAAAAAAUGGAUGCCUUUUUGUACCAAACGUCUGCAAGUUAUUGGAUGUGCGUACGCUAAGUUUGAAUUGUGUGUUGAUGUCUUAUCCCCUACUACAGGUCAACGAAGAGCACCACCUUCACUGCAGCCCCUGCAGGACAGAACUCAAUCGCUAGACGCAAGAUCAAAACAGCUGUCCGGCGUAAGAAGUAAAACAUCCAUCGGACUAGACUUGACCCUUUCAAGCAUAGACGGGACUACUUCCUCUGGACAAACACUGAAGUACUUAGCAUGUGAAGAAAGAUGCUAUGAUGAAGCCCCUAUCUGGGGAUGUAUGGGUGAUAUUCUGAUGGGUGGGUGGGUGGUAGACCCAAGAGCAAC